ACCAGCUAUCUGAGUUUUUAAGUUGAUUGAAGCUUUUGAUCCUGCAAAAGCUUUCAAGCCAUGGAAGUUAAUACCUAUAAUCAUUCCUUACACAAAAUUCUCUUUCAAUGGGAAUGUUACUCGCCUCGACAGCAAAAGAUUGCACUCUUAGCACUUCUUAUCUUUACAGCUUUCUAUUCAACUGGGGCUUACGAUCCGUUGGAUCCAAAUGGAAACAUAACAAUUAAAUGGGAUGUAGUCUCUUGGACGCCAGACGGAUAUGUUGCUGUGGUGACGAUGAACAACUUUCAGAUGUACCGACAUAUCAAUUCACCAGGAUGGACUCUAGGCUGGUCAUGGGCCAAGAAAGAAGUAAUAUGGUCAAUGGUGGGAGCUCAGACAACGGAACAAGGAGAUUGUUCCAAGUUCAAAGGAAAUGUCCCUCACUGUUGCAAGAAAACCCCAACAGUUGUUGAUUUGCUCCCUGGUGUUCCUUAUAAUCAACAAUUCUCCAAUUGCUGCAAAGGUGGAGUAUUGGCAUCCUGGGGACAGGAUCCAACAAGUUCGGUCUCUGCCUUUCAGGUGAGUGUUGGGCUAGCCGGCACAUCAAACAAAACUGUAAAGUUGCCAAAAAACUUCACACUGCUCGGUCCAGGACCAGGAUACACAUGUGGACCUGCAAAGGUUGUGCCUUCUACUGUCUUCCUUACUCCUGAUCGUCGACGGAAAACUCAAGCACUGAUGACAUGGAAUGUAACCUGCACUUACUCACAAUUUCUGGCCUCUAAGAACCCAACUUGCUGCGUAUCACUCUCCACUUUCUACAAUGAUACGAUCACCUCUUGCCCAACGUGUGCAUGUGGCUGUCAGAACAAACAUAAUUGUAUAAAGAGUGACUCAAAGCUAUUGCACAAGGAAGGAAUAAACACUCCCAAAAAGGAUAAUACACCUUUACUACAAUGCACCCAUCACAUGUGUCCUGUUAGAGUACACUGGCACGUAAAGAUUAAUUACAAGGAUUACUGGCGUGUGAAGGUUGCUGUAACUAACUUCAACUACAGAAUGAACUACACACUGUGGACACUGGCAGUGCAACAUCCAAAUCUAAACAAUGUAACUCAAGUCUUCAGUUUUGACUACAAGCCCCUUGUUCCCUAUGAAUCCAUCAAUGACACUGGCAUGUUCUAUGGCAUGAAAUUCUACAAUGAUCUAUUAAUGGAAGCAGGGCCAUUUGGGAAUGUACAAUCUGAAGUACUCAUGAAGAAGGACAAGGAUACCUUUACCUUCAAGCAGGGUUGGGCCUUUCCUAGAAAAGUAUACUUCAAUGGCGACGAAUGUCAGAUGCCACCACCAGAAUCGUACCCAUUUCUACCGAACUCUUCGCCUGUAGGAUCUGGUCCAGUUACCAAAUUUACCACCUCCUUGAUUUUGAUACUCUGGUUCAUGUGGUGAUCAAUGGUCAUUCUUCUCGUUCUUGAUGAACUUCAAAGAUCUAUACAUGUUUAUAAUUCAAGGGAGAAACUACAGAUCUGCAAUGAACAUAGGUAUGCAUGCCAGAUAUUAUUGGUCAUAGAAUACAUGCACUCAGCAGAAAAAUCAAUUUUUGUUGUUUCUGAGUUGUCUGAAGUUAACUGUCUCAAGUAAACAUAUCCUCUCUUACCAAUGUGCUUCACAAAAAAUUCAGUAUAGAAAUUAUUCUAGAGUGCAAA